AUGUUCUACACACAUGUGCUUAUGAGUAAGCGAGGGCCAUUGGCCAAAAUCUGGCUUGCAGCUCACUGGGAGAAGAAAAUCACAAAGGCCCAUGUAUUUGAGUGUAAUCUAGAGAUAACCAUUGAAAAAAUUCUUUCACCUAAGGUGAAAAUUGCACUUCGAACUUCAGGACACCUUCUUUUGGGAGUUGUUCGAAUCUAUAAUAGGAAAGCAAAGUAUCUUUUGGCAGAUUGCAGUGAAGCAUUGCUUAAAAUGAAGAUGACAUUUCGCCCAGGACUGGUUGACCUCCCCAAAGAGAAUUUUGAAGCAGCUUACAACACUAUCACAUUGCCAGAAGAAUUCCAUGAUUUUGACACCCAGAAUGUGAAUGCUAUUGAUGUUUCAGAACACUUUACUCGGAACCAAAGCAGACCAGAAGAAAUCACACUUAAAGAAGAUUAUACCAAUGAUCUACUUUUCCAAGCCAGGAGCUUUGGGGAGGAAUCUGAAAUUCUCAGAAAACAGAGCUUCUUUGAUGACAACUUUCUGCUGAAUUCCAGUGGUCCUUCAGUUGAACAUAGUUCUGGAAGCCUCAAUGGAGAAAAUUUUCUCUUCUAUGACAGUGGAGAUGGAUUUGGAGAUGACGGGGCUGCAGGAGAAAUGAUUGACAGUCUUUUGCAAAGUGAUCAGAAUAUCCUCUUAGAAGACAUGAAUUUGGACAGAAAAGUUUCCCUGCCUUCUGAGCCUUCUGAUACUAUAAUGAUAGAACUAGAAAAUCCAGAGUGUAUAUGUCCACCUGAGAGUGAAACCGCAUUAUUAAAUGAAGAAGAAAGAUUUACGCUUGACCCAAUUGAUGCUUCAGACAUUGCUGAGAAAAGGAGAGGCAAAAAGAGGAAAUUGCUCAUAGAUCCAGUCAAGGAGAUCAGUAGCAAAAUUAUGUAUAAACAGCUUACUUCCUUUGAGGAUACACUCAUGAUUUUGGAACUUGCACCUCCUACCCGAAGAAUGAUGAUGUGGAAAAAGAAGGGAGGAGUGGACACACUUCUCUUAACUCCUGCCCAGGAUUUAACUCACGCUGAACUGAAAAUGUUGUUUACAAAAUGUUUUCUGUCCUCCGGCUUUAAACUUGGAAGAAAAUUGAUACAAAAAGAGUCAGUAAGGGAAGAAAUGGGAAGCAAAAACAUAGUAGAGACCUCUGUGAUAGAAGAGCCAAAUUCCCAGCAAGAGUUAAAUCAACCCAAAACAUGGAAGGAUGUGAUUAAUGGAUCUAAGUGUAGCUCUCAUGAGGAUACCAAUAAAAAUAUUAACCCUGAGCAGGAUAUUGUUGAAAUGGUAUCUUUGGCUGUUGAGGAAUCCUCUUCAAUAAAUACCAUCUUGACACAAGAAACUGAAAAUUGCCCACUUGAAUUGGAGUCUUUGGAGAAUGAACAAAAUAAUGAGGCAGAGAGAUGGAAUCGAAGAGUGCUUCAGAUGUUAAAUAAUUUGCGGGAAUCCAACAAGAUGGGAAGACAAUCCUUUAGUCUGAUGAAGCUCUGUAGAUAUAGUAGCCGAAAACAAACAGCUGCCAAAUUUUACAGCUUUCUUGUCCUAAAAAAACAGCGGGCUAUUGAGCUGAGCCAGAGUGCUCCCUAUGCAGAUAUUAUAGCUACUGUAGGACCAAUGUUCCAUAAAAUGUGA